UUUCGACACAGACCGUGCGGGCGGCGGGACAGGCCGGACAGGGACGGCAGCCCAAGCUCAGCCCAACUAUUGGUGGCUCCCCGGGAAGUCCUCACGAUGGGAGUUCACCCCGAAGCUGGCAAAUCCGCUGUUGACAUCCCCCAAAGCUCCAACACCUGCUCCCGGAGUGUCUUCUGCAACAUCAAAGUGUUUGUGUUGUGCCAUGGGCUUCUCCAGCUCUCCCAGCUCCUCUACAGUGCCAACUUCAAGAGCAGCCUCACCACAAUUGAGAAGCGCUUUGGGCUCUCCAGUCUCUCUUCAGGUUUCAUCUCCAGCUUGCAUGAGAUUGGCAACGUGGUCCUCAUCAUCUUCGUCAGCUACUUCGGCAGCCGCGUGCACCGCCCACGAGUGAUCGGUGGGGGGGGGCUGCUGCUGGCACUGGGGGCCUUCCUGGUGACCCUGCCCCACUUCCUCUCGGAGCCCUACGAGUAUACCACACUCAACACUGGUAACAAAAGCCAGGGGCAGGCUGAGCUCUGCUAUCCAGAGAAUAAAUUUGUGUGCCCAAAUGCCACCCAGGACCCCCAGAAGGAGGCCAACAGCAUAUGGGCCAUGAUGGUCAUUGCCCAGCUGCUGGCCGGAAUUGGGACCGUUCCCAUCCAGCCCUUUGGGAUAUCCUAUGUGGACGACUUUGCAGACGCCAACAAUUCCCCUCUGUACGUUGCCAUCCUCUUUGCCAUUGCUGUGUUUGGCCCAGCUUUUGGAUACUUGCUAGGAUCUGUGGUGCUGCGGCUCUUCGUGGACAUUGGGAGGGUUGACACUGCAACACUGGGCCUGAUGCCGGGAGACCAGCGGUGGAUUGGAGCCUGGUGGCUGGGGCUGCUGAUCUCCUCAGGUUGCUUGGUGCUCACCUCCAUUCCUUACUUUUUCUUCCCUCGGUACAUGCUGAAAGGAGAGGACCGGAACACAGAGGCUGGAAUGCUCAGGAAGAUGGAGACGGGGGCGGCUGAAGAGACCUCCCUGCUGGAGUUUAUAAAAAGAUUCCCAAAGAUCUUCCUCAGACUGCUGCUCAACCCCCUCUUCAUCCUCCUGGUGCUGGCUCAGUGCAGCUUCUCCUCAGUCAUUGCGGGUCUGGCCACUUUCCUCAACAAAUUCCUGGAGAAGCAGUACGGUGCCUCUUCUUCGCAAGCCAACUUCCUCAUAGGAGCCGUGAACCUGCCAGCAGCAGCUCUCGGGAUGCUUUUAGGAGGGAUCAUCAUGAAACGCUUCGCCUUCUCCCUGCGGGCCAUCCCCCGCUUCGCUGUGGUGGUGCUCAUGUUCUCCAUCCUCAUCUGCCUCCCCAUCUUCUUCAUGGGCUGCUCCACCGGGCGCAUCGAGGGCGUCUACUCCCACAGUACACUGAGUUCCCAGCAGCAGGUUAAGGAGCCGAGUGGGUGCCACUGCUCCAAGCACAUCUUCCACCCAGUGUGCUGGGAAAAAACGGUGGAGUACAUCUCGCCCUGCUUUGCUGGCUGCACCAGCAGCACCAUCAAUUCCUCCAACCCCAACCAAGUGAUCUACAAGAACUGUUCCCUGAUCACUGCUGGGAAGCUGCUGUACUCAGGCUCCUGUCCGCUCAGCUGCUCUGACAUGCUCCUUCCUUCCAUAUUCCUCAUCUCCUUCGCUGCCCUGGUCGCCUGCCUGUCCCAUAAUCCUCUCUACAUGAUGGUCUUACGAGUGGUGAACCAGGAUGAGAAGUCGUUUGCCAUUGGUGUCCAGUUCUUACUAAUGAGGCUGCUGGGUACCCCUGGCACCUAUGCCCUGUCCCCCUUGGUGGGCAUGGCCACAGGGAUGAUCCCCAGCUCAGCCUGGGGCCAGCUGGAGGUGCCACCUUUGGACAUGGCACCUCCCUGCUCUUCUCCUGGCAGAUACCUGGGGCUGCAGGUGGGCUACAAGGUGGUAGGCACCAUCCUGCUCGCCCUCAUCAGCUGGAAGGUGAAGAGGAGCAAGGAGUACAACGUGCAGGAGAAGGCAGCAGGGCUGGUGUAGCCCCCAGGGACCGUCUCCCCACCCCCACCACACACUGCCAGUACUUUGUCUUGCUUGGGUUCAUUUUACCUCCUUUUGGGAGUGACCUCACCUCAGCAGCUCUGAGCUCCUCUCCUGCAGCCCAGGGCAUCGCCAUGCUCCUGGUGAGGGACGCUCUGUGCCAGCCCCAUCCUGGGAACGACUGCCCCCAGGCUCUCCAGCUGCACUUGCCCAUCACCCUUGGGAGGGGGCAGACCUCCAGCAGCUGGACCAGGAGGUAGAAAGAGGCUGGAACUCAUAGACCCAGAGAAGUGCCAGCUGUGGGCGAUGGUCCCUGCUUCGGUGUGACAUUUCCAGCCAGGUGUUGCCUUCCCAGCUGGGACAGGAGCAGGGACGUGGCUGCCAGCCCUGAAGGGCUGCCCGAUUUCCCCUCACCCCUCACAGAGCACACCGCACAUGUAUUAUGACAAGUUAUCACAAGGGGUUUGUUGCAGAACGUUUGCGGUUUGUUGCUAUUUUUAUUUUUUAAAUAAAGGUCACUUUUCCAACUGU